GUGCGGUACUGCAUGUAGUCAACUGGCCUGUGCAUAGGCCGUUGCCUGCAUGGGAUGGCAGCGGCAAGAGACCUACUAGCAAACUCCGACAAUGAGCCAGUGCUUGAGCUGAUGCAAAGCUUCCUAUUUUGUCCUGCAGCGCACAAGCCAGAAUUUGGGGCAGGUUCAGAGUUUCAUCCCUUCUACUACUUUUACCUCUCUGCUCCGCACCGCCCCUCAUUCGCGCAUACGACACUCGAAAUUAAAUUGUUUACUUUUUAACCCAUGGCACACGGUGGCGGCGUUCUGCUUACAUUCCGCGGUCUGCCACCGGACGCAACUGAGGCAGACCUGCGCGAAGUAGUCAAUGCACCUGUGCAUUCCGCCCAUAUACAGAAGGCUGGCGGCAGGGUCUUGUAUGGCGAAUGCCACGUAAAAAACAUAACCGAGGCCCUGAACAUCUUGAGAACAUGCAACUUCACGAUGGUCCGGCGCUGCGCAGUGAAGAUCCAUCUGGGUACCGGCAAGCAGCCGCUGUCGCCUAACCAGAGGAUAGAGAUUCCGCAGCUUUUGCCUGGCGUGGGUGAGCCUGAGGUGUUUGGAUAUUUCAAGCAGUUUGGGACAAUAAUACGAAUCGAAGUGGACCAGCAGAAAGCAUCCGUGUGGUACGCAAACGAGCCAGAGGCACUGAGGGCAGGGUGCAGCGUAAGCAGCAGCGGGCUGGUAGGGACGGUGCCUGUGUAUGAGAUAAUGGACUCGGGCUCGGAUGAGGAGGGGAUGAUCACUGACGACGACGUGCCGGCUAGAUAUCAUUGAGGAACGCGGGUGCGUGGGUCCCUAUACGGCUGCCAGCAAGCCGCCUGCUGCGCCAACAGCGCUAGCACAUGAACCCUCUGUUCGGCGAACUGAAAGACAUGCGCCAGUGGCAGCUGGUCCAGCUGUUAGUUCUCAGUCAUCUACGCCGCGUCCGCAGCCGCUGCCAGCUAAGAGCUCGAGUCAGGACCAGAUAAUGGCAAAGG